CCGACCCGGCGUAAAGCAGCAAACUUUAGGUUUUAACUUUCAUCGGACAAAACAGAGUCAAAUCAAUCAGACAACAAAAAAAUGCUCGCGAAGCUCCGUAUUAGUAAGCUUCUCUCAUCUUCCUUACCUCGGAGAAUCUAUCAACGGCGGUUUCUCGCAACCCACAAUGCUUUCUCUAACUCUGAGGAGUCACCCGAGUCGCCGGAGCUUCCAUCUUGGAUCAAAGACUUCCUCUCAAACAAACCUUCUUCCUCUUCAAACCCAAUCUCCGACGACGAAGACUUCGUCAUCCCUUCCUUAGCUCACUGGGUCGAGACCCAGAAGCUCGGCCGCGAAGAAGCCUCCUCAACAGGACACGUCGCGAAGAAACCAAUCGAAGAUAUCGAUAAAGUCUCCGACUUUCUCAACAAGAAGGAGGCUUCUCACGAAGACAUCGUCAAAGCCCUGAGUGGAUGCGACGUCGUUGUAACAGAGACUCUGGUUCUGCAAGUUCUGAGAAGAUUCAGCAACGGAUGGAACCAAGCUUACGCCUUUUUCACUUGGGCAAAUUCGCAAACAGGUUAUACGCAUUCCCCUCACGCUUACAACGCGAUGGUUGACGUGUUGGGGAAGUGCAGGAACUUCGAUUUGAUGUGGGCACUAGUCGAUGAGAUGUCCGAGCUCGUCACGCUCGACACCAUGAGUAAAGUCAUGAGGAGGUUGGCCAAGUCAGGGAAGUAUAACGAAGCUGUUGAUGCGUUUCUGGAGAUGGAGAGGAAGUAUGGUGUGGGGAUGGAUACUAAUGCUAUGAACAGUUUGAUGGAUGCACUUGUGAAGGAGAACAGCAUAGAGCAUGCUCAUGAGGCGUUUUUGAAGAUGUUUGAUACUGUUAAACCGGAUUCGAGGACGUUUAACAUUUUGAUUCAUGGGUUUUGUAAGGCGAGGAGGUUUGAUGACGCUAAGACGAUGAUGGAUUUGAUGAAGGUUGCUGGGUUUGGUCCUGAUGUUGUUACUUACACUAGCUUUGUGGAGGGUUAUUGUAAGGAAGGGGAUUUUAGGAGGGUUGAUGAGGUCUUGGAGGAGAUGAGAGAGAGCGGGGUUAAGCCUAAUGUGGUGACUUAUACCAUUGUGAUGCAUUCUUUGGGGAAAGCUAGACAAGUAGCUGAAGCUUUGGGAGUGUAUGAGAAGAUGAAAGAAGACGGGUGUGUUCCUGAUGCUAAGUUUUAUAGCUCGUUGAUACAUAUUUUGUCUAAGACUGGUAGGUUUAAUGAUGCGGUGGAGAUAUUCGAGGACAUGACGAAGCAAGGAGUUUCUCGUGAUAUUUUGGUGUAUAAUACGAUGAUCUCCGCUGCGGUUCAUCACUCGCGAGAUGAGAUGGCUCUACGUUUGCUUAAAAGGAUGGAAGAGGAAGAGGAGGAGGGAUUAUGUAGUCCAAACGUUGAGACUUAUGCUCCGUUGCUGAAGAUGUGUUGCCAGAAGAAGAAGAUGAAGCUGCUUGGAGCUUUGUUGCAUCACAUGGUGAGAAACAAUGUUAGUAUCGAUGUGGCGACGUAUAUUCUUCUGAUAAGAGGGUUGUGUAUGAGCGGGAAAGUUGAAGUGGCUUGCUUGUUCUUUGAGGAGGCGAUGCGGAAAGGAAUGGUUCCUAGAGAUAGCACUUGUAAGAUGCUGGUGGAGGAGCUGGAGAAGAAAGGUAUGGGAGAAGCAAAACUCAAGAUUCAGAGUUUGGUUCAAUCCAAAGUGAUGACCAAGUCGCAAAGUUAUUUACCUGUUGCGUAGAGUUUAGGGAGUUUGGAGUUGGUGGCUCUCAAAAGUUUUGUUUCUGUGGAAUGUUAAAUUCAUAUAUACCUUGUUAGGUCUCAAGGCAUGUUUUUUUUUUCUUACUUUUUACUGAAAUGAAGUGAAAACAACAUUGUUUUGUAGUGUUGGAUGAAGCAAAUCAAUGCAUGUUAAGUUUUGAAUA